AUGAGUAAUGGUCAUCAUCGCGUAGAACAUCAACAAUUAUUUACAGAUAAUGACCGGCAAACAACUGAAAAAAAAUCAUCACUCGAAGUGAAUACAAACAAACGAAAAAAGAAAUGUCGUGGUGAUCGAAAAAAACAACGUUUUCGACGACAGCUUUACCAACAAGGAUACGACUCCGAAAUGGUAACAACAUUUGAGAAAGAAAAAUUUCAUACUCGACUUCAAGAAAUACGAGAAGAUGAUGUGCAAAAUAGUACAGUCUCUAUGCAACUAAAUCAAAUUAAAAUAAAUAUACAGAUAGACAAUUCUAUGAAUGAUAAUAAUGAUAGUACAGAAUUGGGCAUCAAACGGAAACGAUUUCUAUUAACACCAACACCAACAACAGAAACAAUGUCCAUUCUUGAUAAACCAUUAAAUCAAUUGUCGAUAUCACAAGCAAAUUCUAAGAAAACUAAAAUAACGACAACAACCGUAACAACAAUACUGGAUAGACCAUUUAGUCAAUUAUCAAUGUCACAAGACAACGAUAGUACUAAUGAGUUAUCGAUGAAUUGUUUCGACGCAUUUAAACCACAUUACUUAAAAGUAUCUGAUCAAAUAUUUAAACGAAUGUUAUCCGAUGCCACUGAACAUGGUUACAAAUUAGUUCAAUGUUUAAAUACACCGGAAAAAAUUCAUUUUGUUCGCGAAUUAAUGGCAAUUACCAAUGAUUUUUAUUAUGAGGAUUAUAAUGAAAAACUUUGGCAAGAAUAUUCAAAUUUAAGUAUGAAAGAUCAAAAUUGGGAAAUGAAAAUAACAAAAACAUAUGCUACAAAACAUAACGCAUACCGUAUGUAUAAACCACGAAAGUCUGUUAUUGUACAUUAUCUAUCAACGAUCAAAAAGAAAAAAAGAAAAAUAGCAUCUCAAUUACAAGAAUAUUUAACAAAAUUAAGCAAAUUUACACAACAAUGGCAACCAUUCGUUGACGGAACUUUAUUAUCACAUGUAGUCAAUGAAUGUGUUCAACAUAGUCAACAUCGAUUAAAAAAUGUAUUUGAAUACAAAAAACAAAUGUUAACAUUAGAUUGGAAUGAUCAUCAAUUACUUGUGAAAUUCUAUGAAUUAAAACCUGACAACAAACUAAUCCAAUUAGCUCAACACAUUUGGCAAGUAACAGCAGAUGAAUUCAAAACAAAAGAACAACAAGAAAUACUUCGACAACGUAUUUAUUUAAAACGGUUACCAGCAAAAACAGAUCUAAUGGUAAAUCAAUUACUUGAUGAUACUCAAAAAACACUUUCCAAUCCUUUUCUUGAUCAAGAUCAACGUUCAAGUUUUGCAUCGCGUUGUUCGAAAACAAUCAUACAAUGUAAAUUUAAUUUAAUGGUCGUAGAAUUGGACGAACUUUCAAUUGUCAUGCAUCGUUAUGAUCUAACAUUGGCUAAUUUAAAUGAAAAAUUAUCAAAACUUAAUGAAGAAAAUUCACAUAUUUAUACGUUUGCCUUGAUCAAUAUCAUUGAAGAACACUUUUUUCGACCAAGCUCCGACGAUGGACAACAACUAAUUAAACCACAUCAUCGUCGGAGCAAUCUAUUUAUUUAUACAAAAAUAAGCAGUACAUUACCAUUUAUUGAAGCAAACAUAAAAUUAGGUGUACAACCGAUAUCCAUCUUAAUCAAUGGUCGUAAAUAUGUUAUUCCAUGUCAAAGUUACUUCUCUCAUAAAAAAAGAAGUGAAAUUGCACAAAAGGAAUAUGAGAGAAUAUCGAAUAUUGCUAAAGCAACCAUUGAUAGUAAUCAAAUGUCAAAAACGGAUGAACGAGCAAAGAAAGCCUUUCAAGAAUUACAACAAACUAUGAAAGAUUUAUAUUCAAAACCAUUACCACCAAAAUUGUACCGGCGUGCUCGUCGGGAACAUCGAAGAAUGAAGCGUCUUCAAAGGUUGCUACAUAGUCGGCCUGAUAUUAUUGUACGUCGUAUAGACAAAGGCGAAGGCUUUUAUUUUGGUAAAACGCUUGUCAUGGAUUCUAAAACAGAAGAAUACAUGAAUAAAACUGAAGCCUAUCAAGAAAUGAUAGUUGAUCAUUCUCCACUGCUCGACGUUUUACGUUCUACCGAAUCUGUACUUGAUUAUCUUGUGAAGAAAAAAGCAAUAACAAAGCGUCAACGUGAUAAACUUAUCCCUAAUGUAAACAAUCUUGAAUUAGCUCAUUUAUAUUCAAUACCUAAAGUACAUAAGCCUCAAAUACCAAUACGACCCAUCGUUGCUGGCAUUCAUGCACCAGCGACAUUUGUCUCAAAAUUAUUGAAUGAUCUUCUUGCACCAAUCUAUUUAGAAGUGGCUCAAGAAACUACAUUUAGUAAUAGUAUUGGUGUUGCUCGAACAUUGGAAACAUAUACUGAAGCGGGUUUCCUAAAGUCAACGACAAAGUUUAUUGCAACUGACGUUGAAAAUCUUUAUACUGUGAUUCCACGCGGAGGCGGCAUCGAUGUACUAGUUCGAUUUUUAGAGAAAUAUUCUAAAAACAACAGAAUUGGACCAUUUAAUAUAGACAUGAUAUUAAAAAUGGCUCGCCUCGUUUUGGAUACAAAUUAUUUUGCUUACAAAAAUAAAUAUUAUCAACAAAAACGUGGCGGUGCUAUGGGUUCAGCGUUUACACAAGUCUAUGCCAAUAUUUAUAUGUUGGAAUGGGAACAAGAUUUAAUUCGACAUCAAGCAGAUAAACAUGAAAUCUAUGGAAGGUACAUCGAUGACAUUUUCAUGACAACCAACGAACCACUAGACGAAAUAACCAAAGAACUUGACAAUGCAGCACAAAAAGAUGUGAACAUAAAAAUUAAAUUUAAAAUUAGUCAAUCUAUUGAAUUUCUUGACAUGACUAUUACCAAUCACAAUGGAAUCUUAAAAACGUCCAUCUAUCAUAAACCAACUGCUGAUCCAUACUAUUUACCUUAUACAUCAGAUCAUCCAAAUCGAAUUCAUCGUAAUAUACCAUACAAUGCACUACAACGUGCUGCACGUCUCUGCUCAAACCUUCAUGCUUUUCAUUCGGAACGAUUACGCAUUGAAGUAACAUUACUAUUAAACAAUUAUCCACCAAAAUUUAUAACAAAUCAAUUUCUCCGAUUUUUUCAAGUGAAUCGAGCCGACGUACUAAUCAAACGAUCCGAUGAACAAUCUUAUCAAAUAUUACACCAAAAAUUACUAUAUCAGCCCACCCUAUGUGAAACUCAAAACAAAAACAACGAAAAAAAGGUAGCCUUACUUCCACCGAUAUUAGAAAUAAAACCAUGGGAUUCGAAAGUAAUGUAUAUACCAUACAAAUUUGAAACUGGAACCACAUCGAAAUUUCCACAGCACUUUCUUCAAUGGUGGAAAAAAAAUUAUGUUUAUCCAGGAUCACCAGCAAAUCGAAUUCGGAUUCGCCUGAUACCAACAAUAAAUAAAACACUACAACACUUCUUCAUUCAAAAGAAGCCAUCAAAAACGAUCCUAACAAUUCAGAAAUGA